ACACACACUGAAAUCCCCAACCUAAAACCCUUCUUCCAGACGACCUCACCCCGGAGAAAGCGAAGGCGAAGGCGGCGAGGGUGAAGAAAGCAUCAUGGUGGUGCGGAUCCGGCUCGCGCGGUUCGGCUGCCGGAACCGGCCGUUCUACCGGGUGAUGGCCGCUGACAGCCGCUCCCCGCGCGACGGCAAGCACCUCGAGGUCCUCGGCUACUACAACCCGCUCCCCGGGAAGGAUGGUGGCAAGAGAAUGGGGCUGAAAUUCGACCGAGUCAAGUACUGGCUGUCUGUUGGGGCUCAGCCAUCAGAUCCUGUGCAGCGCAUCCUCUUCCGUGCUGGGGUUCUACCUCCACCUCCAUUGCUAGCUAUGGGCCGGAAGGGUGGACCUCGUGAUAGGAACCCCAUUCAUCCGAUGACUGGGCGUCCCUUGAAUCUGGAGGGUGUCACAAUUGUUGAUGAUCCCAAUGCUACUGAAGGGGAUGCUGAAGAAUCUACAGAACCUACGUUGGAGGCGUGAUUGAUUUUCUGUUAUGCCAUAUAGAUUGGUGCUGCAAGACAAAAGAACUUGUUUGUUGUGCUUCUGAUAAGAUUAUGAGCGACAUUUUAGUUAUGUAACUCUCCACUGUCUGCCUUUCUAGAAAUGCUGCACCAUGAGUUCUACUCUGUUGUCUCCUAAUAUGCUUCCUUUUGAAUGGAUUAUGCAUGGUAUAAAUUGCACCUUCAAUGAGUUCCUGUGAGUUGUUAAUGGAUGCUCAGUUUCACAAA